AUGACUUUCGUGCAUCUCGUGGUCUCAUUUCUCCUCAUUCUCUUGCCCGGAGACUGGGUGAAUGGUGACUUCUCGAGGAAGGACACAGAAGUGAAAUGUUGCCCGCGCCCAAAACAAUUUGUGCUUGUUGACCAGGACGAUGGAAGAAUCACGUGUCAAAGUGCCAGCGAAGGUGAGCCUGAAACUCCCCCGUUUGAGGAUUGCAAGUCGAAAAGGCUAACAUUAGCUCCAAGUGACAUAAUGCUUCGCGAUCCGAUACUCUUUCUCACCACCUCUCAUUGCUACGAUGAUAUCGUCGUGCGGAAACGGGGACGAGUGAUCGGGAGAUACUCCAACAGUAUUAUUUUAUGUCCUCCUGAUGCUGACCGCAUAAAAGCAAAGCAAAUGGAGAUUCCCGCUCAGAAAUGCUGUCCCAUGAAUGAGGGCUACGAUAUGAUGAAAGAAAAAUGCAUCCCAUAUCCUUACAACUGGACGAUCUCUAUCCUCAAAACAAACACGACGUCACAGUUUCUUGAUUUGUCACCAUUUGAAAAUCAGCUAGGUAUCAACGACCUCUCAUCCAUGCCUUGUGCCAAAUAUUUCCUGUCUGCCAACCUGAACGGCAAACCUUAUCAAAUGAAUUCCCCCGUGGUCCAAGAAACAGGUGGGCUGUAUGUACCAGCUAUGAAUUCAACAUUUCCUAACGAUCAGUUCUGCUGGGAAAUUGGCUAUCUUAAUGAAUCUUGGAUAAACCUGGCUCGGAUCUGUCACCCCACCGAGAAGAAGAUGAAAGACUGCGAAGGAAAGGUGUGCGUCCAGAAAUGCUGUCCCGAGUCUGACAACUUCUUGGGUCUAUCAGGAUUUUGGCCCGUAUGCACCCCCGCUAUAUCCCCAGGACUCUGGGAUCCCAGAAAAUAUUUCCGAUCACAGCAACCUCCUUUAAAAGAAGACAUCCACGUGAUCACAGGUCCCCCCAUGUGUCCAUUCAGGCAGACUUCUUUCAUCCAGUUGUUCCCAGGAUCGAUCCCAAAUAUGGCUCAAAACUUCUCUUUAACCCGGACUGGAAGCUUGACGACGAUGUUCUUCGGCGCCAUUACUUAUCACUUUGACGUCCCCCAAUACUGCAUCGACGAGACGAUGAACGAAGACGGGGAACUGGCACCAAUUGCCUACCUCUGCCAUUCCAAAAUGGUAGAAGUAGCUAGCAUGGGCUUCCUGUUCGUGCCUCUUGGGGCUGCGAUCCUCCUCCUCACCUUCCUGUUCAUCCUCGUCUCUUCCGAACGGAAGAGCCUUCCUGGGAAGACUCGUCUUUUCUGUGUCGGCUGUCUCCUGGUAGAGGCCGUUUCCAGCUGCUUCAGAAUCAAUGCCUUCGGCAUUAGGGUCUCCUAUUCUUACUGCCUUGUUGCAGAGUUGAGCGUAUGGUUCUGGAACCUGUCGGCAUUUUUCUGGCUGAACGUCAUGAGUUAUGACCUGUGGAAGCAUAUCGGUGUUCUGCAGUGGGUUCUACCCGGUGUUGGGAGUAAGAAACUUGUGCUAUACAGCCUGUAUGCAUUCGGGGCUCCAGCGUGUUUGGUGGCGAUAGCGUACAUCCUUCACUUCACAAUAGGCUCCUAUAACACCGCUAUGAUAAUUUCUGGGAUGGAGAUGGAAGUAUGCUUUGUUCUUGGUCUUCCCGAAGCAGUUUGGUAUUCCAUGAUCUCAGUCCUCGUGGCUGAUGCCAUUUUCCUCUGUCUCACAUGCCGUUACAUGAUUAGGCAUGCAAGAGACACUUUUCGCCUAACUCGAAACCAGGAACACAAACAAACGUUUUGGUUGUACCUCGCGUUGUUUGUGGUGAUGGGAGGAACCUGGCUGGCGAGGAUGAUCAGCUCCUCCACCCGCACGGUCGAGGGUCUUUAUUUCAGUCUCUUCCUUCCCUGCCUCCAAGGAAUAUUGAUCUUCCUCCUUUUCAUGUGCAAGGCCACCGGGAAGGCCAAAAGAAAAGUUGGGGGGUGGCUCGCCAUGUUUCCACCUGUAGAAGUGCAGAUUGAUUCACAACUCCGUUUGGCGGUACUUUUGCUUCAUAUCAUGACCACACUGAAAGAAGAAAUGACUUUUCGAGUACAGAUUCGCUGCUAG